GUGUGCGACGGCAACCGGGACUUCGCCGAGCAGAGCCGCGCAAUGACAACAAAUUUAAAACAAGCUUUAAAAUCCCACUUCGGGUUCGACAACUUUAGGUCAAAGAUACAGGAAGAUGUCGUCAAAGCUGUCACUAGAGGUGACAGGGACGUGUUUGUGUGUAUGCCCACCGGAGCAGGGAAGUCUCUGUGCUAUCAGCUCCCUGCAGUGCUGGCUGAGGGCAUUACUCUGGUUAUCUCCCCUCUGAUCGCUCUCAUUCAGGACCAAGUGGAUCGUCUGAAGGAGCUCAACAUUCCCGCCUGCUCCAUCAACUCCAAGCUCUCAGCCAGCGAGCGCCAUCUGAUCCUGGCCGACCUGAAAAGCCGCAGCCCGAAGCUGAAGCUCCUCUACAUCACUCCGGAGAUGUUGGCGUCGCCCUUGUUCCAGCCCUGCCUCACAGACCUGUGUUCCCGCGGUCUGCUGUCCUACAUGGCCGUGGACGAGGCCCACUGCGUCUCCCAGUGGGGACACAAUUUCAGACCGGACUACCUGAAACUGGGCGAGCUGCGGGCUCGCCUAACGGGAGUUCCCUGUCUGGCUUUGACGGCAACAGCGCCCAGAAACAUACAAGAAGACAUCGUUCAGUGCUUGAGGCUGAGCUCGCCACUGUCCUUCCUUACGCCCGUUUUCCGCAGCAACUUGCACUACGAUGUGGUGUUUCGGAAUCUGCUGCCGAACCCUUACGCCCACCUCCACGCCUUCAUCCAAAAAGCACUAUCCAUGGGGAUAGGACCCCAUGGACAGCAGGGCUGUGGGAUUGUUUACUGUCGGACCAGGGAUGACUGUGAAACCGUCGCUCACCAGCUGACGAAGCUUGGAGUCCUGGCCAAGCCGUAUCACGCAGGUUUAAAGACAGGAGAUCGCACAGAGGUGCAGAAGGAGUGGAUGCAGGGGAGGGUGCUGGUCAUUGUGGCGACCAUCAGCUUUGGUAUGGGGGUGGAUAAGGCGAAUGUCAGGUUUGUCGUCCACUGGAACCUCGCCAAGUCUCUGGCCAGUUACUACCAAGAGUCGGGGCGAGCGGGCCGAGACGGUCUGCCCUCCUUGUGUCGCACGUACUACUCCCCGAAGGACAAGGAGCAGAUUCACUACCUCAUCUGCCAGGAGGUCGUCCGCAGACAGGAAAAAAGAGGUUCUGUAAAAGAGGUGGACAAAGUGGCCAUCACAGACUUUGAAGCCAUGGUGUCGUUUUGUACACAAGAGAGCUGUCGCCACGCCACCAUCUCCAAGUUUUUCGGAGACAAGACGCCGAACUGCGCCGGCGCCUGCGACUUCUGCCGGAACCCUCGAGGUGUCCGAGCCCAGCUGGAAAAAGCGGCCACGCUCAGCCUCAGGACCAAAGCAGCUGACAGCACCGAGGCCACAGGCCCGUUUGGGUUCCAGCCGGGCUUAUACGAAGGAGGGAAGAGAGGCUACGGCUUCGAAAGGCAGGACGAGCUCCUCGAGGGAGGAAGUGGUGACGAUGAAACCAGAAAGAGGAAAAGGGAGUUUUCGGACCUCUUCAAGAAGCAGAUGAACCUCAGGAAGGGCUCCAGCAGUCAGACGGAGGAGUUUUCUCCACCAGGCGCCAACUGCUUGCUCAGAGAGGCCAGCAGCCAGAGGAUCCCCAGGCUCACCGUGAAGGCCCGAGAGCACUGUUUGUACCUCCUGCAGGAUGCUCUGCAAGCCCACCAGGAGGCAGCAGAUACAUAUAACUGUGACAGUCUGACGUUAGCAGUGGACUUUGAACAUGACGUCUUCAAAAGCAGCAAGUCCUCCAACUUAUACAAAGCUGCUAUCCUAAAGAAGGCGUGUGAGAUAAAAGCUGCACCUGAGUCAGUGAGGGGAGACCAGCGACGAGGCAGCUGUGAUUCAAGAGAAGCUGAGACAGAACUCCCAGAAGAUGGACCUUCUUCUUUAUAUCCUGAGGAGCUGCGGGGGUUCACCUCUGCUUCUGAGAUGUACUCCAUGAAGCGGAAAAGAGUGGGAGCAGGGCAGAGGGGCUCCUCCGACCAUUUCCUCAGUGCCAAAGAUCUCCUGAAGCCCACCAUGUCGGAGCCAGGUUCCAAGAAACAGACCAAAAAUGAGAGAUAUUUCGUUGACCGCACAGAGGAAUCACAUGCCGAAGGGAUCUGGGAGAGAAUAAAAGAGGCAACGACGGAAACAACACCUGCUGUGUCAUCAUCGAUCAGAGCCAGAGCCUCAGCUGUCGGCAUUUCUCAGAACAGCCCAACGAAAGGAGGAAGAGCCGUGAACAAGAAGCAGCAGAAGCUGGCAGAAGCUGCAAAGACUUCUCGCAACAUUUCCCACUACUUUACAAACAAACAAAGAGUGGAGGAGAGCUGCGAAGAGGAGGAGGAGGAGGAAGCAGAUGGUGCAUCAGCUCAGACUGUCGACGCGGUUCACGAAGAAAGUGUCAACCAGGAGCAACACGAGAGCAGCCCUGUCAAAUGUGAGACUCCGGAUCUGAUCCUGGUCGAGCCGGAGACUGAAGUUAUAGUUUUGUCUGAUGAUGAUGAUGAGGAGGAAGAGCAAGAAGGGGACAGUUUGAACCCGGUGCAAGACACGUCUCAGCAGGAUAUACAAUCCAUCACAGAACACCAGCCAGUAGAAGAAGAUGAAGAAGCAGCAGCAGCUAACCCUCCUUUAAUUCAAGAGAUCACAGAUGACGUAGCAGAGGACACGGAGUCAUCUCCUCCUUCGAAGCGCAGCCGGCCUGCAGAAAAUAGCAGAAGACGGGUUACGUUCAACCCCACCGUGCAGGAGAGGGUUCUGGAGCCGGUCCCCAAGCCUCCACAGCCCGUUACGCUGAAGGAGGCCGCUGAUAUUGUGGUCCAUUAUCUGGACCCCUUUUACACUCGGGGAAAGUUUGCCACUAAGGAGCUGUUCAAGUCGUUUGCUCGCUACUUGUCCCACCUUCUGGCUGAAGGCAGGAAUCGGACAAAAGACCAAGUUAAAGGUGAAGUCAAAGUUCUGAUCAGGAAGUUUUUCAGCCGAGUUCAGCGCUGCGAGAGCGAGGCAGACUGGGAGCACCUGAAACCUCCGGCCGUCUGUAAAACCACCCAGAGCAAGGAGUGAUGGGAAAUGGA